AUGGCGCGAAUUGAUUCUAGACACCUUCUGAGCUCGGCCAAAAAUCAAAUCACCAUGGUCCAUUCCUUUCAACAACGAAAACGUCAACAAAACGUAAAACACCUUCUAAAAGCCACAGGUCUACAAUUACAAUUGGCUUUCACCAUGCCUGCCACUUUUAACGAUCUCCCACCAGAGGUUGUUAAUAUCAUUGCUGGGUUUUCAAAACUUGAAGAUAUUGCAAAAUUACGUCGAUUGAACAAAACUACAAAACGUACAAUUGAUUCAUUAAAAAUAUGGGAGGAUGAAGUAUUUGAGAAUUGGUUGAAUUUUGUAGAUCAACAAGGUUAUGAUUCAAGAGUUGAUAAUUGGUUACUUCAUAAAAAUGAUAAGAAUAAACCAAAAUUAAGAAAUUUUGCUAAAUAUUAUUGUAAGAGAAAAAAUAUUGAUAAUUCUGUUAUAAGAAGUUUGAAAAAAAUUGUUGAUAGUGCAAAUCCAAAACAUGUUUUAGAUUCAUGUUGGCGUAUCACUGAAAAGGAAUAUCUUGUGACUCCAGUAUUAAGAAGUAUUAUUAGAGAUCCACAUAAUGAAAAUAAAAUAUCGUUAAUUUAUUUCGCAUCAGAGAUUUUAAAAUCAAUUCGUCGUGCUACAGUUUAUGAUUUAAUUGAUAGAGUAUCAAGAUUAAGAAAAGAUGUUCCAUAUAAAAGUGUUUUCCCCAAUCUUGAAGAAAUCCUUCAUAGAUGGUCUUAUAUUGAUCCUGCAUAUGAUCAAAUAAGUUAUGCAAGAACAAGACGUUUCUCAGAGGUGAAAGAUGAAUUAAAGCACAGUCCUACAUUUAUUAAUUCAACUUCAACUGAUAAAGUUGUUCGUAUAUUUCAAGAAGUUCAUAAUCUUAUUUAUGGUCAUUAUGAAAGUAUUCCAAGAGGUUCAUUUAGAUUUUUAGAAAAUUCAUCAAUUGCAAGAGUUUAUGCAAAUGAAACUGAUGGUUUACCCAUUAUGACAGUUGCAAUUGUUGAGAAAAUUGCUAUGGAUUUCGGUAUAAAUGUAACUGUUGUUGAUCAUAGUUUACAAGGUGAUAAAUUACCUAGAUGGUUUUUAAAAGUUAGAGAAGAAAAAAGAACAAUGUUUGUUUGGAUUGAUGGGUUAUCAUAUAAUGAAUGUCCAAAUUAUCGUGAUAUGAGAAUUGUUAGUGGGAAUGGUACAAAACUUGUUGGUAAAUUUCAAUCCUUAUUCAAUGUUACUGAAAGAAGUGCUAAUGAUGUAGUUAAACCUGUUGGUUUCAAAAACACAAUUGAAUUUUUAUUACAUUGGUUAAAUUUUAGAUUAUCAAUUGUUUUCUCAAAACCACCAAAUAAUCCAUUAUAUAUGAAUUUCCCUUUUUCACAUACACAUUUUGAUGAUAGAAUUUUAACUGCUGUUAAUAAAUACCAUGAUGUUGUUACUCAUAAUGCUUCAACUCCAUUGGAUUCUGAUACAAAAUAUCAAUCAUUGAAUUUCUUUACAAGGAAAUAUCCAUUUGAUUUAGCAAUUUUUAAAAAUAAAAAGAUUUUCCAAAAUUUUUCAUUAAUGAAACAUAAAAAAAUUGCUUAUAAAGAUUCUUUCAAUUAUUUUAAGAAUUUGAACUUAACUUAUAAUGCACCAGAUAAUGUUAAAGCCAAAUUCCCAAAUGUCAAACCAGGUGACUAUGUAUUUGAUCCUUGUUAUAGAGGAUUCUUUGGUCAAGGAACUAAUUCGCUUGUCAUUGGUUAUUGUCUUGAUACAAAUACACGUGAAACAAAUUUGUUGUUACGAAGUGCAAGUGGUGCUCGUUAUUAUUUGGUUAAGAAGAAUAGAAAAUUUAGAAGGCAUGGGAAUCGUGAUGUGAGUUCCGUUAUUGCUGAUAAAACAAUGGGUUAUUUUUACAAAAGUUAUGAUCCAAGAACAAAUAAAUUUAUUCCGUCACGUUUAUUUAAAAAUCAAAGAUCAAUUUCGCAUACUGCUGAAGAAAAUGAGUAUAAUCCAUUUAAUGAUGAAUUUCAAAACCAUUAUACAGAACAAACAAGUGAAUCUGAACCUGAAGAAGAUGAGGAUGAUGAUGAUGAUGAAUUUUUCUUAAACCCACUUAUGAAUCCACUCAAUGCUCUAAACCCAUUUAAUCCAUUCAACAUCAAUAAUCUUCAUAAUUUACUUGCUGGUAACUCUGAUGAUGAUGAUGAUGAUGAUGACGAUGAUGAUGCAGAUGCUAUUCGUCAUUUCAUUAACCAUCAUGUUCACAACCAUGACCACAAUCACUCUGAUGAUGAUGAUGAUGAUCACGAUAGGGGAGAUGGGAAUGUUAGAGAUGUAGAAACUGUUACACAGGACAUAAGACUUCUUGUUCAACUUGGUAUUAUUACAGAGUCAGACGCUGAAGAAGAAAUAUUUAGAUUGGAAGUAGCUGAUGAUAAUGGAUUUGAUGAACAGGAAAUGAGAGAACAAGGUUAUUUCCCAAGAGCUAGUAUUCUUCCAUUCGUUGAUGCUAUAUGGGAAAAUUUUAACAACAGUGGUAGUGAUAGCGAUAAUGAUGAUGAAGAUGAUGAUGAUACAGAUGCUAGAAAUCAUAAUCAUAACAACAAUCAUAAUCAUAAUCAUAAUAACAAUCAUUAUCAUAAUCAUAAUCAUAAUCACAAUCAUUCUAAUGAUGAUGAAGAUAGAGGGGAUGAAAAUGGUUUAUAUCCAAAUGGUAGAAAUGCAGCAGGUGCUAUACGUGAAAUAAAUAGGCUUUCUAGUAGGGGUUUAAUUACAGAUUCAGAUGCUGAAGAAGAAUCAUUUAGAAUUGAAGUGGCAGAUGCUUACGGAUUUGGUGAACAAGAAAUAAGAGAUCAAGGUUAUUUUCCAAGAUCUAGUGUUAGGCCAUUCCUUGAAUCUAUAUGGAGUAAUAUGAAUAAUAGUAAUGGUGAUAGAGAUGAUAAUGAAGAGGAUAAUUCAAACCCUACAAACAAUAACCACAAUAAUAAUCAUAGCCACAAUAAUAAUGACAAUCAUAACCACAAUCACUCUGAUGAUGAUGAUGAUGAUGAGCUAGAUGGUUUAUAUCCAAAUGGUAGAAAUUCAGAAAGUGCUGUACAAGAGAUAAAUAGACUUGCUAGUAGGGGUUUAAUCACAGAAUCAGAUGAGGAAGAAGAGGUAUUUAGAGUUGGAUUAGCAGAUGCUUAUGGAUAUGGUGAACAAGAAAUGAGAAAUAUAGGUUAUCGCCCAGGACAUAGUGUUAUGCCUUUCAUUCAUUCUAUAUGGUAUGAUAUGAACAAUAUUAAUGGUAACAGAGAUAAUGAUGAUGAUGAUGAAGCCAGCGAAGCCGACUCUGAAGGAAAUGAUGAAGAUGAAUCCGAAGAUGAAAAUGAAACUGAAACUAUUCCUGAUGUUACUGCUGAAGAAGCUAGAGAAGCAAGAAUAGAUUUUGCGAGACAAUUCGCUGAAGGUUGGAACAGAAGAAUGCAAGAUCAUGGUAUGGGUGGUAAUUUUGUUGAAGUUACACCAGGUAAUUUUAUCCGUAGUGAUAUGCUACCACCUGGGUUUCAACCACCAACUGAACAAACACAAUCGCAACAAAGAUCAACGACAUCUCAACCUCCAAGACCAACCCAACAACAGCAACCUUCAAGACCAGCUCAGCAACAACAAAAUACUAGUCAAACUACUAGUCAAAAUCAUGGAUCACAACAAAGAAGUUCACAAACACAAACUGGAACAUCUACAGGUCUUGAAAACUUGUUUGGAUCAAUCCCAGGAUUCCAAUUUGGCUCAUCAUCAGUGCCUCAACCUCAACCUCAAGCACAAUCUCAACCUCGUCCACAACCUCAACAACAACCUCAAACACAAACACAACCUCAAUCUCAAGCCAAUCCAUCAGCUAUACCAAGUGUAGCAAACCUUAUCAAUUCAAUUCCUGGAUUUCAAUUUGGUUCUCGUUCACCAUCGAGACCAUCUACACCUCAAACAAAUCCAUCCCCAAGACCACAAGCUAAUAGUAAUAACAAUAAUAAUACUAUACCAACUGGAAUUGAAAAUUUAAUUAAUUCAAUCCCUCAAUUUAGCUCCCCAUCAAGAGUAUCAACACCACAACCUCAAUCACAACAAUCAAAUCAAUCAAGACAAGAAUCAGAAUUAGAUAAUGGUGUUAAUAAUUUGAUUGAUUCAAUUCAAGGAUUUCAAUUUGGUUCACAAUCCAAUUCAAGACCUUCAUCACAAGCAAGACCUUCAUCACAAGCUAUACCCUCGUCACAACCAAGAGUUCAACAACAACAACAAAGAACUUCUUAUUCUGAUUCUGAUUCUGAAUUUGAAAAUGAUCCAGAAUCAUUAUUUGGUCUUGAAUGA